AAACCGUUUUCUGAACUCAUCGAACAAGUGUGAUAAUCCACUUGCGAGUUUGACCAAGCAAUGACGGACCACGCCGAUACGACGGUGCCAGGACAGGACAAGCACCACGACUUGUUGACGCUUCAUGGCCACAACCCAAUGCCCCUCGCCAAGCUCAAUGAGCCGCGGCCAAUCGAGUCGGACAGCGACGACGACGAGGCCGUCAACGCGCGCAUUACGUGGCGCGCCGCCACCGACGCCAAACUGCAAGCAUCGACAGUGGUGGCACACACGGCUGUCGCAGUCGCCGGAGACGCUACCUGUGUAUGCAUCGAUCCCCAAGCGUCGCUUGAAGCCGAUCGCAGGGCCGCCGCCUCGAUUGAUCUGCAGCGGACCGAAGCACAGGCGUCGCGGCGCGAGAAGGAGGCUGUGCUGCAUGCCAAGGUCGCCGAUGCGCACACCAAGGUCGCCGAGGCCGAAGCCGUCGCCCGUCGCCGCAUCGAAGACCAAGCACGCCUCGACGAAGCGUCGCGAAAGGCAGAAGAAGAGGCCGAGCUCGCGGCCUUUCGAGCUCAGUUGGAUGCAACGCGUGAGGCGCGGCGUGAAGCGGCCGAGCGCCACGAUCAAAAGGUUCUCGAAGCUGUGCUUGCUGCGUCCUUGUACGAGUAUAACGAGCACCAGCGCAUCGAGAAGCAGCUCCACGACGCUGAGGCCGAAAUUGAGCGCACGCGGACGUUGAACCUAGCAGAGCUCGACCGCAUUCGAGCCCAUGCGGCAGCGGUCAAGCAAGCAUCGCGCGACGCUGUCGCAGCGUCACAAGCCAAGGCGCAGCGGCUUGCCGACGAAGCGGCCAAGGCGGUCCAUACGUAUCAGGAAACCGAGGUUCACCGCCAAGAGGCCCUAUUGCACUUGAGCACGCAAGAGUCGGAGCGCGACAUGGAGGCGCAACUCCACGCACUGCACAUGCGCCAAGAAGCCGCGACGCUCCGGCGCAUCGAGAGCGAACGCAUGGCGCAAGCUGCGCAAGCACGCGCGGCGCAGCUCCGCGACGAAGCGAUCGCCAAGGUCAAGCAGGUGCGCGAGCUGUCCAAGCAAAAAGUGGCGUCCGACCUUCUCCACGAAGACGAGCUCCGCGAUCACCACUACGAAACUCAGCUCCAAGCCCUCUCGCUCGAGAAGGCGCAGGCGACGCAGCGCCGUAUCGAGCGGGAGCAAGCGGCCGAAGCAGCCCAAGCGCGUGCCGUCCAGCUGCGCAACGACGCGGUCGCCAAAGCGCGCCAAGUCCGGGCGAUGAGCAAGCAGCAGAUCGGGCUGCAGCUCGAGCGCGAAGAGAGCAUCCGCGAGCUCUCGUACGAGACCCAAGUCACUCAUCUUCACGCCGAGAAGGACGCGGCAACGCGGCAUCGAAUCGAGGCCGAGGAAAAAGCCGCAACUGCCUUGGCCCGCGCCGCGUCCCUUCAGAGCCAGGCGAUGGCAGCAGCUACCAAGGCCCGCGCCGGGUCCACAUCUUUGCUCCACGCAGACGAGAUUCGACAGCCGGCUGCAUUCUUAAGCACACCCGAGUCGCCACGCACGAGCUUGAACGAGCCGCGGUCGGCCGUUCUUGAGCACGAAUCAUCUCGAGCUAUCGUGGAGAUGGCAACAAAGCCCGUGUCGGUGCGGCCAUCGUCGCUCGCGUCCACGGACGUAACGAUCGAUACGACGACCGCGCCGGAGAGUACGACGUCGGUAGCAACCGCUGCGCCGGAGCGACGACGACCGAGUCGCGACGCCAAGAAAAAAGCGAAAGACAAAAAAUGCGCUAUCAUGUAAGAACCCUAACCACAUUAAUAUAUUUUCUCGUCGUGCGCCGACGUCGCAAC